CGAAACGUCGUUAUCUUUGGAGAAACAGGAGCGGGCAAAAGCUCUGUCAUUAACCUGUUAGCUGGCCAAGCGAUUGCACACAUAUCGCCCGACUCUCACCGCUGUACUCUGCAUUGGACGGAGUACCAAAUAACCUUCGAAGAUGGGUCUCGAUACAAGGUGUUUGAUACGGUCGGCCUCGAAGAA